GAUCAACGGUAGAUCAUGAUCAGUGUGCGCGUGACCACUAUGGAUGCCGAGCUGGAAUUUGCAAUCCAGCCCAAUACGACGGGGAAGCAGCUCUUUGACCAGGUGGUGAAAACCAUCGGCCUGAGAGAGGUCUGGUUCUUUGGACUUCAAUACCAGGAUACCAAGGGCUUCUCCACUUGGCUGAAAUUGAACAAAAAGGUGACGGCGCAGGACGUCCGCAAGGAGAGCCCUUUGCUCUUCAAAUUCCGUGCCAAAUUCUACCCGGAGGACGUGGCGGAGGAGCUGAUCCAAGACAUCACGCAGCGCCUCUUCUUCCUCCAAGUGAAGGAGGCCAUCCUGAACGACGACAUCUACUGCCCCCCGGAGACUGCCGUGCUCCUGGCUUCGUACGCCGUCCAGUCCAAGUACGGGGACUACAACAAAGAGGUGCAUAAGCCCGGCUACCUCGCGGGCGACAAGCUGCUCCCUCAGAGGGUCCUGGAACAGCACAAGCUCAACAAGGAUCAGUGGGAAGAAAGGAUCCAGGUGUGGCAUGAAGAACACCGGGGGAUGCUCAGAGAAGAUGCCAUCUUGGAGUACCUGAAAAUUGCUCAGGAUCUGGAGAUGUACGGCGUGAACUACUUCAGUAUUAAGAACAAGAAGGGCUCCGAACUCUGGUUGGGAGUAGAUGCCCUCGGGCUCAACAUUUAUGAGCAUACUGACCGGUUAACACCAAAGAUUGGAUUCCCCUGGAGUGAGAUCAGGAAUAUUUCCUUCAAUGACAAGAAGUUUGUUAUCAAGCCCAUUGACAAGAAAGCUCCCGAUUUUGUAUUUUAUGCCCCCCGGCUAAGGAUCAACAAGCGCAUCCUGGCCCUCUGCAUGGGGAACCAUGAGCUCUACAUGCGCAGGCGCAAGCCCGACACGAUUGAGGUGCAGCAGAUGAAAGCCCAGGCCCGGGAGGAGAAGCACCAGAAACAGAUGGAGAGGGCUUUGUUGGAGAAUGAGAAGAAGAAGAGGGAGUUGGCAGAGAAGGAGAAGGAGAAGAUUGAGCGGGAGAAGGAGGAGCUGAUGGAGCGCCUCAGGCAGAUUGAAGAGCAGACCAAGAAAGCCCAGCAAGAACUGGAGGAGCAGACCUGCCGAGCGCUCGAACUCGAGCAGGAGAGGAAACGGGCUCAGGAAGAAGCCGAGAAGCUGGCGAGGGAGCGGCAGGAAGCCGAGGAGGCCAAAGAGGCUUUGCUGAAGGCAUCGAAUGAUCAGAAGAAGACCCAGGAACAGCUGGCCAGUGAGAUGCUGGAACUGACCAACAGGAUUUCGCUGUUAGAAAUGGCCCGGCAGAAGAAGGAGAGCGAAGCCAUGCAGUGGCAGCAGAAAGCCCAGAUGGUUCAGGAGGACCUGGAGAAGACUAAAGAGGAGCUGAAGUCCGCCAUGAGCACCCCUCACGUCCCCGAGCCCAUGCAGUCGGAGAACGAGCACGACGACGAGCAGGACGAGAACGCUGCCGAGGCCAGCGCGGAGCUUCGGGCGCACGCCUCCGUCAAGGACCGCAGCGAGGAGCAGCGGACCACAGAGGCAGAGAAGAACGAGCGGGUCCAGAAGCACUUGAAGGCUCUCACGUCCGAGCUGGCCAACGCCCGAGACGAGACCAAGAAGACGAGCAACGACAUGAUCCAUGCCGAGAACAUGCGCCUCGGACGGGACAAGUACAAGACCCUCCGCCAGAUCCGACAGGGCAACACCAAGCAGCGCAUUGACGAAUUUGAGUCCAUGUAAACCGUUCCUGCCUUUGCCGUGCCUGCAACCUCCCUCCCUCCUUCCCUGCUCCCCUUUCUCCCCUUUCUCUCUGUGUAACCGCAUUCUGCUGGAACCACUACAGGAGCGUGACCACCGUUCUGCCCUAGAGUUCAGCGCUCAGGCUGUCAUUCGGGGUAGGACCAAACGGGGAAGAAAGAAAAAUUAGUCUGUGGUCCCUUAUUGAAAUAUUUUGGGCACCAUGCCCUCUCUUUGCUUAAGCCGAGUUGUGGAGCCAUCUUUGUUCCACGUGGGUUUAAUAUGGCUUGUGAUACAUCAGUGCCGCCACCGCUGCCUAAUUGCCGAGGCCUAAUUAGGGGCACCGGACACCUCUGGGUCUUCUCCCCACCCGUCUCUAGCCAACAUUUGAAGAGUCACAGACUAGCGUAGCACUAAUCCGUAGCCUUUGCUGAAGUUUUCAGAUCUUUCUCUCUGUGUGUGUGUGCGUGUGUGUGUGUGUGUUUUAAAGCCAGACUAGUUUUAACACUGUGUGACUAGGAAAAAAAUUGUAGUGCAGGAUAAUGGUUUGCAAGUAGAAUUCCAAAUUUGUGGCAUUCCCAGCCUAGUUCCUAGAGACCAAAGCUUUUGAAAAGAUUCCCUGAGGUUUCAAAAGACCAGACAGAUCUGUUUUGAUCUUUUUUUCAGUAUUGUGCAAGUGCCACCAACCUAAGAGGUUGGAAGCAUCCACAGCCUCCUGCAUCAUCGCGAUCAGAGCAGUUUGGAUGCUCCCUCUUAGCCCCAUUGGCUACAGAGUCGCUUUUUGCCAUAUGCAGCAGGAAGAAAGUUUGGCCCACCUGUCCCGCGUCCUCGAUCUUGCCAACAAUGUGGCUGGACCGAGGGUCUGAAAGAGGAUUUCGGUCAGGUGUGGCUGUCCACAAGAGAAGCACAAAGCUGCACAGAUCACCUUUUUUUUUUCCAGGGUGGGUUUUCUGAACACCAGCCGUAUGGUGCCUUAUGAAACUUGUAUUCCUUCCCCCCCCCCUCUAUAGGAAGGCAGUUGUGGGUGGUGUGUGUUUUUCUCUAUAAAAGUGGUCUCCUCCUGUUCGCUUGUGGCCUGCAGGGUUGACCUUGCUUGCAUAGCUGACAAGGGGAUUAUCCCCACCUGGCUAGUCCCACGGAAAGACGGGGAGAUUUUCUUCUGCCUUCGCUGCUGGAUCUCUUGGUUUGGAGUGCCUUUUUUAGUCUGUUGUUAAGGGGAGCGGGGAGAUGCGAAAGCCUCUGGGGUUUUCCUUUCAGAAGUUUGCAGACCGUCUUUUCUAGGGGUGCUAAAUUCAGAGAGAGAGAGACUUGGGUGCUGUUUUGUGGCCAACCCUUCAUCCAGUAGCCUUCCAGGUGUCUCUCCUCCCCGCAGGGCCAUUGACCUGCAAGGGUGGCCCGGAGCCGUCUCCGUUCAUCAGCAGAAGUGCCAGCAUCUCCUCCUCCAAGGCUGAGCCAAGUCUGGAUGGAGCCCUCCUUGCUCUGGGUUUUCUCCCUUGCACGACCAGGCGGCUCCUGCUUCUCUCAGGCUUCUGUUUAAAAUGAGCUCCAUUUGAAAGGAAGCCACUGGGUUUCUGACUUCCUUUCCUACCCCUGUGUGGGCUCACAGGCGGCUCCUCUCUGCGGCCCCUCCAGCCCUCCUGGCCCUCUCCCUCCACUCCCCUGCACCCUCACUUCCAUUCUCCACUUGCGUCCAAUUGAUUAGCGUUGCAUCAAAAACCCGUUUGGAGAAGGCUGAGUGGAGACUGCAAACGUCAGCCCCGGGUGAAGAGAGGGCCAACGGUUCCCGUAUUUUCCCUCUGGGGCUCCCACAGGUGCCUCUAAAUCUUGUGGUUUAUUCUGGAGUGGGCCCUGUGAGCAAUAUCGCUUGCGUGGAGAUGUGCGUCAGAAACCAAUGCUCUGAACUCCUCCAGAGAUCACCUUCUGAAGUGCCCAGGGGUGCGUUUGGGGGGGGCACCCCUUCCCUCCUCUCCCCCCUUUCCACAUCAUGUGCCUUGAGGAAGCGAGGGACGGGGGCUCUGGCCGUGUGCACAGACAGUCCCUUUGUCCUCCUCCCUUUGGAAAUAUGGAACUCCACAGCUUUUAACUUUUUUCCUUUUUU